UGUGCCUCAGGACUUGACCACGGGUUAAGUAUCUAACCCAGGGUUGAGAGUUGGGUUGGAGAGAGAGACUCCUCUGGUCUCGCCUUUUAUAAAGCCCCCACUGGGUUUUCCAUCCUCCUCGCCCCUCUUCAUUUCCGUUUGUUUGAUAUUAUCAACAAGUUGUUGCAAAUCUUAUGGUCGUUUCUUUCGCGUUCUAAGCUUUUUAUUUGUUCUUAUCUCUCUCUCUCUCUCGCCCUUUUCAUCUCUCUGUGCCUUGUAGUGUUUUUUAGGUGGAUCAGAUGGCAGACAACGGGGAGUUCAGCUUCACCAACAAAGCAGCAGGAGUGAAUUUGGUGGACAGGAGCAGGCUGCCCAGGAUUCAUACCCACGUGAACAAGAACGGGAUCUGCCACGAUGACAGCGCGCAGCCCGUGAAGGCCCAGACCAUCGAUGAGCUUCACUCUCUCCAGAAAAAGAAGUCCGCCCCUACCACUCCGAUCAAAGACUCAUCCAACGCCUCCACCUUCUCCGUCAUCUCCGAAGAGGAGCGCCAGAAACUCCAGCUGCAAUCAAUCAGUGCGUCAUUGGCAUCGUUGACCCGGGAGACUGGGCCAAAGCUUGUGAAGGGUGACCCAUCCAGGAAGUCAGAGACGCCCCGGGUUGCGCACCAUCACCACGACUACUUCACCCCCACCAUCAGUGUCAGCGACAGUGCGCUCAAGUUCACCCAUGUCCUCUACAACCUUUCACCCGCAGAGCUUUAUGAGCAAGCCAUUAAGUAUGAGCAUGGUUCGUUCAUCACUGAAAGUGGGGCCUUGGCGACCUUAUCCGGUGCAAAGACCGGGCGCUCCCCUAGAGAUAAACGUGUCGUUAAGGAUGAAACCACUACAGAGGAGCUUUGGUGGGGCAAGGGAUCUCCUAACAUUGAGAUGGACGAGCAUACCUUUAUGGUGAACAGGGAGCGAGCAGUGGACUAUUUGAAUUCUCUGGACAAGGUGUUUGUUAAUGAUCAAUUCCUUAACUGGGACCCUGAACAUCGGAUCAAAGUUCGAAUCGUCUCGGCGAGGGCCUAUCAUUCUCUCUUCAUGCACAACAUGUGUAUCCGGCCUACGCCUGAAGAACUGGAGGAUUUCGGUACUCCGGACUUCACAAUAUACAAUGCUGGGCAGUUCCCAUGUAAUCGAUACACACACUACAUGACAUCAUCUACCAGCAUAGACCUUAACCUUGCAAGAAGGGAAAUGGUCAUCCUCGGCACCCAGUAUGCUGGGGAGAUGAAGAAGGGUUUAUUUGGUGUGAUGCACUAUCUCAUGCCUAAGAGAAACAUUCUAUCUUUGCAUUCUGGCUGCAAUAUGGGAAAGGAUGGCGACGUCGCCCUCUUCUUUGGGUUAUCAGGCACUGGGAAGACUACCUUGUCCACGGACCAUAAUAGGUUACUUAUUGGUGAUGAUGAGCACUGCUGGAGUGACAAUGGUGUAUCAAACAUUGAGGGAGGCUGUUAUGCAAAGUGCAUUGAUUUGUCCAGGGAGAAGGAGCCUGAUAUCUGGAAUGCCAUCAAAUUUGGGACUGUUUUGGAAAAUAUUGUGUUUGAUGAGCACACCAGGGAAGUAGAUUAUACUGAUAAAUCUGUCACAGAGAACACCCGGGCUGCCUAUCCAAUUGAGUACAUCCCCAAUGCAAAGAUACCAUGUGUUGGUCCACACCCGAAGAAUGUCAUCCUUUUGGCUUGUGAUGCUUUUGGUGUUCUUCCUCCUGUGAGCAAGCUGAGCCUUGCUCAGACCAUGUACCAUUUCAUCAGUGGCUACACUGCAGUUGCGGGCACAGAGGAAGGCGUCAAAGAGCCACAGGCAACAUUCUCUGCUUGUUUCGGGGCAGCGUUUAUAAUGCUCCACCCUACCAAGUAUGCUGCAAUGCUGGCUGAGAAGAUGCAGAAGUAUGGGGCAACAGGAUGGCUUGUCAACACUGGCUGGUCUGGUGGAAGAUAUGGCGUGGGCAAUCGCAUCAAGCUGUCCUACACAAGGAGAAUCAUCGAUGCUAUACACUCUGGCAGCCUUUUAAACGCCAACUACACCAAGACAGAGGUAUUUGGGUUAGAGAUACCCACCGAACUCGAAGGCGUGCCAUCCGAUAUCCUCAACCCCAUCAACACUUGGGAAGACAAGGCGGCCUACAAUGCUACUUUGCUGAAGCUUGCUAGUCUGUUCAAGAAGAAUUUUGAGGUUUUUGCAAGCUACCAGAUUGGAACAGACAACAAACUUACGGAAGAGAUCCUUGCUGCUGGACCCAAUUAGUUUCAUCAGUCAAUGAUGAAAUGAACCUAGAAAAUAAGAAUAGGUUGCAUAUCAUGGAUGUUGUGUCUAAUGUCUAUUUACAUUACAUAUUUUAUCAUAAAAAACAGUGUGUUUACUGUAGGGUGAAAAGAGUCUGUCCGUCCCAUUCCAGUGACAUCUUUAUUAGAAAUUGAAACUAAUUAUCAGAUUCAGCAUCAUAA